CUCUGUUCUGCUGGUGUGAUAUAAUAAUCCAGAACAAUAUGCAUUUAUUCAGCAUGAAGCAUUUGAUCAGCACAGCCAGACUGUGUGUUCAGCAGCAGCGGUGGACUGUGCAGACAUGCAGGAGUUACAGUGAGAGGAACUGUGGUCAUUCUGUCACUUUCUGCUCUUCACCAAACACCAGACUUUACUCAUCACAGAAGAAAACUGUUCGUAUUGGAUGUGCUUCAGGUUUUUGGGGUGAUACCGCCACAUCAGUCCCCCAACUCAUCCACGGAGGGAAGCUGAACUUUCUCGUGUUUGAUUAUCUCUCAGAAAUCACCAUGUCCCUGCUCACAGCUGCCAAAGCCAAGAUGCCUAAUAUGGGAUACGCUCCUGAUUUCGUCCUUGCUGCCAUUACUCCUUUUAUUAAGGACAUCAGCCAAAAAGGUAUUCGCGUGGUAAGUAAUGCCGGUGGCGUGAAUCCUCUCGCCUGCGCCGCUGCUAUACAGGAAGUAGUGCAGAAGGCUGGGCUCAAUUUAAAGAUUGCGGUGGUAACUGGUGAUGACCUAAUGCCACAGAAAGACUCUCUAAAUAUGCUGAAGAUGUCUGAUGGAGAAGAAAAGAAAUCACUUCCCAAGACCGUCCAUAGUAUGAACGCAUAUCUAGGCGCCAUUCCUAUUAAACGAUGCUUGGACCUCGGGGCAGAUAUUGUAGUGACCGGGCGUUGCGUUGACAGUGCAGUGGUACUCGGACCCUUAAUGCAUUCAUUUGGAUGGGAGCAGAAUAACUAUGACCUCUUGGCUGCUGGAAGUCUUGCAGGCCACUUGAUAGAGUGUGGGGCUCAAGCAACUGGUGGAAUUUUUACUGACUGGCACAAAGUUCCUGACUGGGAUAACAUCGGUUUCCCAGUGGUUGAAUGUUCUGCUGAUGGCUCGUUUACUCUGUCCAAACCUCCCAAAACGGGCGGUCUGGUCUCCUUUGGGACUGUGGCAGAACAGUUACUGUAUGAAAUCGGGGAUCCACGCCGUUACCUGCUGCCUGAUGUUUCUUGUGACUUCUCACAGGUCACCAUCACUGAAGUACCAGGUGUAGAAGGUGGAGCUGUUAAAGUACGUGGAGCACACGGAGCACAGCCAUCGGGUGACUAUAAGGUCUGCGCUACAUAUAUGGACGGGUUUAGGGCGACAGCGGUUUGUCCUGUAGGUGGCCCAAAAGCUGCGGAAAAAGCCCGAAAGACAGCAGAAAGCAUAAUUAAAAGAACCAGGCGUAUUUUCAAACACUUGGGUUUGGAGGAUUUCACCGGCGUCAACAUUCAGGUUCUGGGUGCUGAGGACACAUAUGGACCACAUGCCGUCAACACUAGCCUUCGGGAAGCAGUUCUUUGGCUGGCUGUUCACCACAGGCAAAAGAAAGCUCUGGAAGUUUUCUCCAGAGAAGUAGCGCCAGCAGGAACUGGGAUGGCACCAGGACUUACAGCCAUUGUUGGAGGCAGACCUCGAGUAUCUCCAGUGCUGAAGCCUUUCUUCUUUCUGCACCCUAAAGCAGAACUAGAGGUGAAUAUCUACCUUGGUGGAGAGUUGGUGGAGACCUACAGAGAGACUGAUUCUUCUACAACUGAUGGACACACAUCCUCCUACCUCCCAGAGGAAAUUAGUUACAUCUCAACAGACCUGCCCAGUGGCCCUCACAGUUACAGACUUGAGGAUUUAGCGUAUACAAGAAGUGGAGAUAAAGGAGAUUGUGCCAAUAUUGGGGUCAUUGCUAGACAUCCACUUUACUACCCGUUUCUGAAGAAGUUUUUGACUGCGGACGUGGUGGAGAAGUACUUUCAGCACCUGAUAAAGAAAGACAGCCUGGAUCUGCCCUCUGUAACCCGGUAUGAAUUGCCUGGUGUAUGUGGUCUGAACUUCCUGCUGCGCAACUCCCUUGGAGGGGGAGGGGUGGCGUCUCUUAAUAGUGACCCUCAGGGAAAAGCCUAUGGACAGAUGUUGCUGGACUAUAGAUUGACUGGCCUGCCUGACCUCAAGGCUCUGGUGGAGUGAAGUGGGAGAAGAAGUGUGGAGAAUAUAACGAAUAAAGUAAAGAUUCUCAGAUAAAACGGGUAGCUGACUUAGACGGGGCACCGAUGUACUGUUUUACUGGUGAACACUUGGUGUUUUAAUGUUAUGCACCUACACUCAGCUUGAUCAAGGAACAGGAAGGGAGUGCUUAGAUUUCGGUGGCGUUCUUCACAAAAACUCUUGCAUGUUCAAGAUAAAACUGGUGCCCUAACGUAAUGCGCAGUUUGUGCCAAAGACAUGGCCUCUUCUCUUCAUACACAGAAAGUAGAGGGUUGGAGAUACUGGUAGUGUGACUUAUUAAAUAUAAUUCCUAAUUUAACACAAAUAAAUAUAAUUCUAUCAUUCUUAACACAACUCUGACAAUCACCAGCUGCUGUUUUUAUAAACCAGCUGCAGCUGUUACUGGACGUAAAUACCAGGUUCCCAUCUAUCCAGUUAAAUUAAGUUACUUUGAGGUCAGUUUUUUGUUGUUCCUGUAAAACAAAUUAAAUUCUUCCAACUUUAUGGCAACAGUUUGGGAAAGGCCCUUUCCAGUUCCAGAACGGCUCAUUGCUUAUGCUCAAAGUGAGGCUCAUUAAGACGUGGCUUGAUUAGUUUGGUGUGGCGGAAUUAGUGCCAUGCACUUAAUUAGUAGACGGAAUUUUGCAAUGAGCUACAGCUUUAGUCAUUUAAACGGUAGUGCUAAAUGCACUGCAAACACAGACAGCUGUUGAGGGUUAAGGGCCUUGCUCAAAACCCCAGCAGUGGUAAUCUGACAGUGGUGGGGCUUGAACCAGUGAUCUUUUGAUUACUAGUCCUAACCGCUAGACUACAACUGCCUGUGCUUUCAUGUUUCUACAAUUGCACGUGUGCAGUGCACCACUUGCGUCAAGCUGCAUAAGAAACCAGUAACAGUAUUUAGUUUGUUUUGUAUUUGGGAAGCGGCAUCAGUAUUUCAGAUUGCACAUAAUAGGCUGGUGUUGUGUGCCAUUUGGCAUUUUAAAGACUCAAACGAAAUAUUCACAAGUGACUAAAAGUGCAAACCACUUCAUAAACAACCCUUGAGAUAAUUUAGAUAAUGGCCAAAACUUUGUGGACACCUGACCAUUCGCCUGCUGGACGUUUCAUUUCAAAACCAUAAGGAUUAUUUUGUAAUACUGUGCCACUUUAAGCCCAGGAUAGCCUCCACUCUUGUAGGAGGGCUUCCCCCAAGAUUUCGCUGCAUGUCUGUGAGAAUUUGUGCCCAUUCAGUCCAUGCACUAAUGUUGGUCUAAAAGGCCUACUUUGCAAUCAGUGUUUCAGUUCAUCCCAAAAUGGCUCAGUGUGGGUUAGGUAGGGAUUUUGUGUAGGCACCCAGAGUUUCUCCGUACCAAACUCUUCAAUCUUUUUUUUAAUGGACCUCACUUUGUUCACGGGGCACAGUAAUGCUGGAACAACAUAGUGUCUUUGCCAAAUUAUUACCAUAAAGGGUUUUUUAAGCAAUGGGUGUGAAUAAAGUACUUAAUUUUUGUAAUUAAAAGGCCAUAUAAUGUAGUAUGUGUGUCAGGUUAAUCUAUUAAAUUGAUAAAUAGCUUAAUAGCCUUAUGACUUAAAUCUGACUACCAAUUGGCUUGAGGGUGUUUAAGGUUUUCUCAUUACACUGCACACAAGUGCACUUUGGGAUUUAAUUAAUCAAAUUUAUCAGAUCUUUUUUGUUGUGUGUAUGUAUUCACUGGUUUCCCACUAAAGUUCUGAUCUUGCUAUUUUAUAUCUCACUAAAAUACAAAAAUAUUAGAUUAUAUUAGACACAUUUAGCUUUACUGCUAACUGACUUUAAUGGUACAUACUCUGAGAGCCUUAAAUUUAAAAUGUAUAGCGGUUUACUGAUUUCUGUUUGAUUUUGGCAAUGUUUUAUCAGGAGCAUUGAUGUCAACAUGUCACUAAAGGCAAAUAAUAAACUAUUUUUCUAUUAUUGUGA